UUCAUAACUUCCACUAUCAGUGCUUGUGCUAGAGUAGUUUUCUGAAAUCUGUUCAACGUCUAUAGUACGUACAUUGUCAAAGACGGUUAGACAGCAAAAUACGAAAAGUUGACAUCUACCAUGCAGGCGAUUAGGGAUAAAGCACUUCAAGAUUAUCGAAAAAAACUUCUUGAGCAUAAAGAAGUUGAAUCACGAUUGAAAGAAAUGCGAGAAAACCUCAAAGAUUUAACGAAACAAUAUGAUAAAUCAGAAAAUGACCUGAAAGCUUUACAAAGUGUUGGGCAGAUUGUUGGGGAAGUAUUAAAACAACUUACAGAAGAAAAAUUUAUAGUAAAAGCAACAAAUGGGCCACGUUAUGUUGUUGGUUGUAGACGACAACUCGAUAAAAAUAAGUUGAAAUCUGCAACAAGAGUGGCGCUUGAUAUGACUACUCUUACUAUAAUGCGAUAUUUACCACGCGAGGUGGAUCCAUUAGUAUACAACAUGUCUCAUGAAGAUCCUGGUGCUGUUACAUAUAAUGUAAUUGGUGGUUUGAGUGAACAAAUAAGAGAAUUAAGAGAAGUUAUAGAAUUACCAUUACUGAAUCCAGAAUUAUUUCAAAGAGUGGGCAUAACACCACCAAAAGGAUGCCUCUUGUAUGGUCCUCCAGGAACUGGAAAAACAUUAUUGGCUAGAGCAGUUGCCAGCCAAUUAGAUGCAAAUUUCUUGAAAGUAGUAUCAAGUGCUAUUGUUGAUAAAUAUAUUGGUGAAUCAGCACGGUUGAUUAGAGAGAUGUUUAACUAUGCACGGGAUCAUCAGCCUUGCAUUAUAUUCAUGGAUGAAAUUGAUGCAAUUGGUGGACGCAGAUUUUCUGAAGGUACAAGUGCUGAUCGAGAAAUUCAAAGAACCUUAAUGGAACUUUUAAAUCAAAUGGAUGGUUUUGAUUCUUUGGGUCAAGUUAAAAUGAUAAUGGCAACAAACAGACCAGACACUUUGGACCCAGCUUUAUUACGACCUGGUAGAUUAGACAGAAAAAUUGAGAUACCACUGCCUAAUGAACAAGCACGUUUGGAAAUUUUGAAAAUUCAUGCCGCACCUGUAUCUAAGCAUGGAGAAAUUGAUUAUGAAGCAGUAGUUAAGCUGUCUGAUGGAUUCAAUGGAGCUGAUUUGAGGAAUGUCUGUACUGAAGCAGGAUUGUUCGCAAUAAGAUUAGAAAGAGAAUAUGUAGUGCAAGAAGACUUCAUGAAGGCUGUAAGGAAGGUCUCAGACAACAAGAAACUUGAAUCGAAAUUAGACUAUAAGCCAGUAUAAUUGGAAUAUAUUGAUUAUAUUAACUUUAAAACACGAUUGAUUACUCAUUAACGAAUGUGUGGUUCAAUAAAACGAAUUUACUUUAUUGUAAUACUAUUUGUAUUUUAUAAUAGAAAUAUUUGCUUGAUAAUGUGAAUUCAUUGGGUAAGGUUUAAUGUCACAGACUGUACAAUUCAGCUUAAUUCGUCCAUUACGAAAAGACGUGAUUUCUUGAAUGGCAAAUAUUAUUCAGUAAUAUUUGAAAGACGUGUUUUUUUCCUUUCCAGAUAUUCUUGUACAUUAUCAUACUUUCUUUUAUAUAAAAUUGGAAAUAAAUUUUGUUUAAUUGAA